AGAAUAAAAAUUCUUUCUUUAGUAGUACUGAUCGAAUUCAGCACAAAGCAAGUGCUUCUUUUAAAAAUACAUGUUCAAGUAAUGAUUGUAUGAGAACACUGACCAGUAUGCAAAGUGUUCUUGAGCAAAAUACAUCAUUCAUAGCAUUUAAUCUAAACGGUUUCCAUGAUUUGGGAGAAUGGCGACCCUAUUUAUUCAUACCUUAUCUUCUAAUGUUUUUAUUGUCUACAACCUCAAACACCGUUCUCAUAUACCUGAUUGUCUCUCAGGCAAGUCUGCAUACUCCGAUGUGUAUAUUAAUCGGUUUAAUGUCCUUGGUGGACCUCUGUCUGCCAAUAUUCUUUGUUCCAAACAUGCUGCUCAGCUUUUUGUUCAACUGGACUGAGAUUUCUCUUGCUGGAUGUUUAAUACAGAUGUUCUGUAUUCACUGUGUUGGUACAUUUCAGUCUACUUUACUGGUAUGGAUGGCUCUGGAUCGGUUCUUUGCUAUUUGUAAACCUCUGUAUUAUCACAAAUUUAUGCAGAUGCCCAACUUUCUAAAGUUUACUAUUUUUCCAAUUAUUAGAAAUAUACUGUUAAUUACAACAAUGGUCUCUAGGGCUGGUAAAUUAUCGUUUUGUAAGACUAAUGAGAUUGAUCAUUGCUUUUGUGAACACAUGGCACUGGUUCAGCUGGCAUGUGGAGACAUUUCUGUUAACAACCUGUUAGGUCUUUUGGCUGCAUUUCUCAUAAUAACUGCAGACUGUCUUUUUAGUACAGUAUCAUAUUUCAUAGUAAUCGCUUCUGUCCUGAAAUCAGGGAAGUUUCACUUUAAAGCUAUUAACACCUGUGUUACUCAUAUAAUUGUUAUGACAGUUGCUAUAACAUCUGCCUUAAUUGCUUUUAUGUCAUACAGAGUAAGAAAUAACUUCUCCCCCAACAGCCGUGUCUUUCUGAGCACAAUGUACCUGCUUUUCCCAAGCUGUUUCAACCCGAUUAUUUAUGGAAUAAGAACUAAAGAAAUAAGAGAACAGUUUCUGAAAUUUAUUUAUCAAAUGAAGGUUUUUCCAAAGUAAUCCAUUAAUAUGCACUGUAUCAUAUUAUACUGUGACAAUGCAAUA